AUGGAUGGACGAAAGGUUUUAUUGGUUAUUGACAAUUGUCUUGUCCAUUCAAAGAUUUUUCGUUCUAUUUUAGAGGGUUUUGAGGAUGAAGAAAUAAAUCCAGAGAAGAUCAAUGUUCUAGAUGCAAUUAUUGCUAUAUCAUCUUGGAUGAACAAUGUUAAGAAUAUCACAAUUGAAAAUUUCUUUCAACAUUGCAAACUCCGUUCGGUAGAAAAUGUGGUUUCACAGCUUUUAGAAGAAGGCAUUAGGGAAUUAAGGUCAACAAUAAAGGAGUUACACUAUCGUAAUGCAAUGAAUGUGGAUCAACUCUUAGAUUAUCCGGAUGAAAAUAAUACGACCGAGAUUUUAACUGAUAAAGAAAUCAUUGACGAUCUUAGAGAAAACAAUCAAGAUGAAGACAAUGAGGAUGAUAGUCAUGUUUUGGAGCCUAUUUCUCGCAAAGAAGCAAUUAGAGUAGCAAUGCAACUUAGUGAUUUUCUCCUACAAUAUGAUAUAAGCACUCCACAAUUUCAUAAAGCUUUGCAAAAAGUGAGGGAUGAGAUUCAAAUGGAUAUAAAUUUUCAUACAAAAUAG